CUUGUUGCGAUACUGCUCUAACCGAAACAGUUAGCAUUUAGCCAGCUAGCUAACAUUAGCCAGUUAGUAUCCAUCACCAGUCGUAGCGCAGACAAACUCGUGCUCCGUCCACAUACCAAUGACAGGAACACUAAACUCACAAAUAUGCGCCUGGAUAUUGACUGAUACGUGCAUGGGUGGCUGUUCAUAUAUUUAUCGCCAACGCUCUGUGAAGCCAUUUCUGAUCUGAAAAGCACACCAACUUAAGUCACGGCUAUGGAUCCCGAACGACAGAAACGAAGAGAGGAAAUUCAGAAAGCAAUGAGCUUUAUCCAGUCAUCAUUGCCUUUCCCAGAGCCAGAGAGUUAUGAGGCAUUUCUAACCCAGUUGGUGUGUAACUUGCUGAACGAGGGCAAUUCCUGCUUUCGAGAUGGGGACUGGCGCCAGGCGAGCCAGCAGUAUGGGGAGGGGAUCAGUGUUGCCCGCUACGCUCAGGCUGAGGCCCUCGUUAUCCCCCAUGAGCUGCUGGAGAGCCUCUAUGUCAACAGGGCUGCUGCCUACUACCAGACGAGGGAGUAUGAGCGCGGUGUUCAGGACUGUGAGAGCGCACUGUGCGUUUCAGAAGGCAGCCGCAGGGCUCUGUACCGCAAAGCGCUCUGUCUCAGAGAGCUGGGACGACUAAGAGAGGCUUACGAGUGUGGAACCAAAUGUCUCCUCACAGCGCCACACGACAGGCAGGUGAGUGACCUGGCACAGGAUCUGGCCAAUAAAUUGGGCUUGAAGGGCCGUAAAGCUUACGUCAGCCCACAGACAGAGUCCACAGCCACAGAAGGAGAGGGUCAUGGGGAUACUUCCCCUCCCACCGGAGAGCUGUCCUCCAAUGGCCUGGAAUCUCUCAGUGACAUUAGGCCAGUCUCCUCGGUGGACCUCUCUAGUGCACAGUGCAUACCUGCUCCUUUGGCCACGCCCAUUCCGGUCAGUGAUGACCCGGCGACCCCCGUUGUGACCCCGUGCACUGACCUGUCGGAGAGCCCCAGCAGUCAAACCUUGCCUCCCAUGCCAUACUCUGUCCCUGUGUCAGAGCACAUGGAGGAAUGCAGCAGCAGCGUCAUGAAGGACGAGCUAGACAGCCUGCUGGAUUGCAUCCCCAAGAAAGUUAGUGAGAAUCCAGUCCAGGGUGCUAUCCCCACCAACCUCCCCAACACGGCAGUGGGCCUCCGGCCUCCGUACUCCCCGAGCCUUCCGGCUCCAUCACCUCAGCUUUCCCCAGCUUUCUUCAACUCCUCCAUCAGUGAUAUGCCCCCGCUGGAGCCUUACUCGCCGCUGGGUCAGCGGGACCAGAGCUCCACCCAGGCGCAGGACGCACUGGGAGGCUUCCCCACUGGAGCCACAGAUGGAGAUGGGAAGACAGGAGUUGCCGCUGGCGGGCUGGACUCUUUGUCUGAGUACACUCUCCCUGGGGGACGAGUGUGUCACAGCUUCAUCCCUGGAAUGCGCAACCACAGUGCUGCACAUGCAAAUGGUCCAGCAGGAACCAACCUGUCUCUGCUCUCCAGGAAUCCUCUGGCAGCCACACAUGAGUUUCGGCAGGCCUGUCAUGCGUGUUACAGCAGAAUAGGUCCUCGAGUGAUGGACUACAAGUAUCAGCCAGAGGCAGCACAUCGCUGCAAGAGGGAUGUGCUGCUGUGCCGCCUCAAAAACUCAGAUGACCCCACUUGGAAGAGGAUCCGGCCACGGCCUGCACGUAACAACUUCCUGGGGGCAUUUGUACUCUGUAAAGAGGUGCAAGAGCGUCAGGAAUGCCAGUAUGGGGAGAACUGUACGUUUGCUUACUGCCAGGAGGAGAUUGAUGUGUGGACCCAGGAGAGGAAGGGGGCGCUGAGCCGAGAGCUGCUGUUCGAUCCACUGGGCAGCACAGAGAGACGGGCUCUCAGCGUCACCAGACUGCUGCAGCUCCACAUGGGCAUGUUCAUGUUCCUCUGUGAGGAAUGUUUUGACAGUAAGCCUCGCAUCAUCAGCAAACGCAGCAAAGAAAAUUUAGCCGUCUGCUCAAACCUCACAGCUCGACACCCGUUUGACGACAACAAGUGCCUGGUGCACGUGGUGAGGUCAGCCAAUGUGCGCUACAGUAAGGUGCGUCCUCUGCACCCUCUCUGCCAGUUUGACGUGUGUCGCCACGAGGUUCGCUAUGGCUGCCAGCGUGAGGACAGCUGCUCCUUUGCUCACUCUGUCAUAGAGCUCAAAUGUUGGGUCCUGCAGCAGGAUACAGGUAUCACCCAUGAAGAGAUGGUACAGGAGUCCAAGAGACACUGGCAGAGGCUGGAGCAGAAUGCACAGAAGCAGCAAAAGCCUAUCCACAUUCCCCAUCCGAGCAGCAGCAUACCUGCAGCAGGCGUCGGGGGCGGGGGCGGAGGAGUAGGGGGAGACGGCAUUGGUGGAGGUGGCGUGAGCCCAGUGGGGGGGUUAGGAGCAGGGGCUGGAAGAGGGCGUCCUCUUAACCUGAAAAUGAAGUUUGUGUGCGGCCAGUGCUGGAGAGAAGGACAGGUCAACGAGCCCGACAAGAACCUCAAGUACUGCACUGCCAAAGCACGGCACAGCUGGACGAAGGAGCGUCGGGUCCUGCUGGUGAAAUCAUUUGAGAAGAAGAAAUGGGUUGUUGUUCGCCCUCUGCCCUUCUCUCGCACCUAUCCACAGCAAUAUGACAUGUGCGUGCACGUGAUGAAGCAGAAGAAGUGCCACUAUAUUGGAAAUUGCUCAUUUGCUCACAGUCUGGAGGAGAGGGACGUCUGGACGUACAUGAAGAACAACAGCUUGAGAGACAUGCAGCAGAUGUACGAACUGUGGCUGCAGCUAACCAAUCAGAGCAGGCGCACAGAUAGCUCUGCUGUGACCCCGCCCCCAGAGGACAAGCAGGUCACCAUAACAGCAGAUUACACAGAAGGCAUGGGAGGCCAGCGGUUGUCAGAUGGGGAUGAUCUCUGAGUGUCACUGUGUUAACGGAGGCAGCUGAUCACCACUGAGCUGCACACAGAGGCAGACAGGGAGGCCUGCCAUACCACCUACAACUUAACGGUCUGCCAUCUUGCCGGUCUGACCUCCUCUAGCAUCCGGUCAGCAGUAUGAGAGCAGACUGACAUACAACAAAAUGGUUGACCUGACCCCUACGCAUAUACACACACACACAAACAUUUUCACGCCACACAUGAUACACAAAUCACAGGCACCAACUAAUACAAAGAGGAAGCUUCCUAAGUGACAGCACUUGGCUUUUGCGUUGUGUUUAAAUGUCAUGCUGCAGUUACACACAGCACCUUUAGGUUCCCCUUCAGCAGAUUAUACCACAGGAAUUCCACAGACAACUAGUUUUGCUGACUAAAAUAAUUAACUGUUAUUCCUUAGUGCUCUUUGGAUUGAGUACCUCUUUUUUUUUUUCUUUUUUUUUUUUCUCCCCUCGCAGCACUGAAACAAUUCUUGGGUGGGCGCGCUGGUCGCAGCUCUUACAUUUAGCUUGAUGGUAGUUCAAAACUGAAGUGAAGCUUGGCAUUCAUACUCUUAAAAAGUUUUAAAUCUGAACUUUGGAGUGCCAAAAAAGGCCAAGCCCUCAGUGCUGUUGAUGGCUAACGAGGCGAAAGAAGAAACUACAAACUAUGGACACUCCUUGUUAAGCUGCGUAACAACCAAAUCCCACUCUCCUCCUUCAUGGGAAUAUAGCGAGAGGGUCAAAAUAAUUAUCUUGAGAUUAAUGAUUUUGAGCAUUUUUUUUCCAAGGGGAAUUGUAUUUCCUUGUUAUAUUGUCUGCCAUAUUGGUAGAACGCUAUGAAUGUAAUGCCUGCAUGGGCCUUUAAAACUAGGAAAUUAGUCAUUUAAAACGUUGCUGUGGUCGUGGAAUGUAUGCAAGUAUAUUUAAAUGCCGAAAAACAAACUGGUGUAACAUGAAAGCCCCCCCCCCACACACACAAGUUGAUAUAAAUGGAUAUAUGUAACCAUACCAAGUGAUCCUGCAUGUGACGAGCACAGGUGCACACACACACCUGAUAGCCAGGUGAAUCAGAGCAUGUCAUUGUCAGCUCCUCUGAGGUUGACAAUGCCGGAUAAAAAGAAAAUCUCAACACCUGGAGAUGAAGUACACAUGGCUAAUGGCUCGAAGCCAAAGCAACCCAGGUGCUGUUCGCCAUUACAUAUUUUAAGAAGUCGGUAAGCAGCUGACAAAGAUGGCAGCAGAGAAGCGGCUGCCGCACACACACACACACACACACACAGAUUCCUGGCUAUCAGAUCAUUUCGGACUGCAGAGUCACUUUCAGAAAUGAUGACCUCACUUGGACUGAAGAAUGGUGAACGUAGUGACCGUGCAGAAGACUUGAGUUGUGAAAAAAGAUGAGUUUUGUAAUGAUGCAGGAAAAAAAAAAUGUCCUGAUGAUAGAUCAUUUAAAGAAUGGGAAGAUUGGAGAAAAUAUCUCUUUAAGUAAAUAAAGAUUAUUAAGAAUGUAUUUUUCUAUAGUUUAUUGUGGUAAUAUCUAAGAUAAUUUGAAAGUAAGGGCAAGUUUUCACUUCUUUAGUUGAACUGGGGUCAUUAUUUCACUGAAAACAAAUCAUGCCCCCACAGCGUUCACAUGAAAACCUGUGGAACCUGUGUUCCCCAUAUGCACAGCUGACGGAGGCCCCUCAGAUUAACAUUCUCAUUGUGGGAAACCUGCUAGCUUUAGACAGGGAAACAGUUCACACCCCACAUUGUGCCUAUAAACAACACUUCCACAUGUAACACAAACAUACAUGCAAAAAACAUGCACACACUCACACACACAGAGGCAGGAUAUCUGUUGCCAUCUUAUUCUAGCCUUUAAUGUGGAUGGAGACCCGAUGGAGGUAUGUCUAUAUUCAGAUACAUAUGCACACAUAUUAUACAUAUUUACAAAUAAUGCUAUACUACUAAUAAUUGAUAACUUAGCAGUUAAGCUUAAUAAAUAUAUAACCUGAAACCUGUAUUAAUUACAUAGAAGAACUUCUUGUUAUUGAGGUAUUGCUAUAUGACAUGUAUCGCUGAACUAGAUGACUAUAGUGAUUUUUUUUUCAAAAAAACAAAACAAAAAAAGAUUCUUUUUAUUUUUAUUUUUUUUUUUUCUUCUGUGUGGGUUGUUCCAGAUGGGUUUUGUAUGAAGGGGGUCGCAGCAGAGACUGAUUUCAAAUUUCAGGCUGAAUGUGUUGAAAUGAAUUACUGGAGGUUAAAUCUUUACACUGAGAGCAGAGGGUUAGAAACCAAGUGGGUUGCUCAGUUUCAGGGUUUUUUGGGUUGUUUUUUUUUUCCUCAAUCACAAGUGCAGCACUUAAACUGGUUGUACAGACUACUGAAGUGUUCCUGUUCUGCAGUGUGUGUGGAAUAAAAUUCAGUAGAGCCGCACUGUCCAGAUCGACCUCAGUUCUGUACAUAAAAUCACAAGAUGGAUUUAAUUGGCCACUGGACCAGUACUGAAGAACAUUAACUGUCAACUGCAGCAAAGCGCCAAAAUGUAAAGAAACAACAUUUUAACCCGUAAUAAAGUUCAUCAAAAUAAAGCACAGCCUCAGGUUAGACCUAAAAUGCAGAUCUGAGGUCAGUUUUGGGGCACGGUUGAUGAUGAGCCCUUGUCUGGAACAGCCCAGGUAUUAGCUUCUUUGAGGGAUCAUAUUACUAUUACUUCUAGUAUUAUGAUGAAUAUGAUGACAAUAAUGAUUACUAUCUAUUGACUAUUUCUAUUUCUUCUCUAUAUGCUAUUGAUAUAUGUAUGUUAAUUGCAAUGUAUAACUCUCUUUAUAUAUGUAUCCAUGUAUGAAUAUAAUAAUUGACAGUAAAUAUGCAUCUGUGUAUGCAGCAGUGCACAGCUCUGUCUGAGAGGCAGUGAGCAGAAAAUGUCCAGCUUCUGACAUUUCAUGCAAGGCUCUUGAGUUUUGUUUUUUUUUUUCUUUAAUCCUACAGGUGGUGAUGUCAGUUACCAACUGCUGUAAGUUGUCCGUAGUACAUUUUACACGGUACUUUAGUCCUUCUGUAUAUUAACCUUGUCCGAGCUCUUAUUUGUCAGCUUUCGGACCGUCGGGCGCUGGCCAAAGGAGUUUACAAGUUUACAGUAAUUAUACUGUUAGCUGUUUCCCUUUUGCAGUGUUGAUCCUGCUAGCAGAACUCACUGCUCACUGCCUGUGCUGUGCAUUUUUGUUUAAUUUGAUUCACCGGGUAAAGACAGAUCUGGAAACAAAAGCAUACAUAGUAGCCUAUAUACUCCCGUAUAGCGCCUUAUUUGAUAUACUACAUCUAUAAGAUGAUACAUACCCCUAUUGUAUAAUCCUGCUUACUAUAUACAGUAUAUGAUACCGAUACCUAUUAUAAUACUUAGACACUUAUAAGGUAAUUUAGAUAAGAGAUGGUGGAGUUGGUUUUUUUUUCUCUUUUCUUUCUGUGGCUGAGGAAGAGUUUGCUGUGGUCAGCAGUGUGUUUCCCAAUUUGUUUUUUCAGGGUGUUGCGAGGAGCCGCACACUCAAAUGCUCUCUGUCACGCAGCUGUUGUCAGUUCAGGAUAUUUGCAAAGCAGCUGUGGUGGAAGCCUUGUAACAUUAAUGUUGGCUGAAAGAGGUGUUGCUGGUAAACAACUGAAAGUUGGAGUUGAAUUUUAAAAUUUGAUUUGGCCACAUUAAAAAGUAGAUAUGCGAAGCAGUUUUAUAGCCACUGUGAGAAGUGGACAAAAAGUCCAGUUUGAAUUCCUGCCUUUAAAGACAUCUUGAAGUAAACUGUCAUAGCCAAAAUAAAGGAGGGCAUUUGAGGGGAGGCUCCACUUCCCAUUGUGGGAGAACAGCCAGCAUUGAUGAUGGAACUGACACACAGAAAAAAAAGAAAAAAAACAACCUGUGGAUACCUGUUCUGCAUGUUCUGUGUGUGUUUAAGGCAGGUGAAUCAUGACACAAACUAAAAGGCUUCUGAUACUGUAUCUGUACACAACACAUCUCAUAUAGUCAUUUGACUACAUUAGGUCAGAUUUUCUCAAACAAACUUGGUUUUCAUUUUGUCAGCCAAGCCAAAUACGUCCGAUUGCCAGUAAGGCUGAAAAUAUGAGGUAACCAGUCAGAUUAUUCCUGAAGUUUGCGAGGCAGAGGACUUUGACCCCGGCGUCGAAAUCGCUGUACGACUCUUGUUACCAUAAAGCAAUCCAAUUUGCACAUUGAUAACAGACGUCCUCGGAUGUAGAAGAGAUUUGGCAUCACGUUGUUCCAUUUUGUCUUCCUGGUAGCGCGACAUAAAUGCUUCACACCAAUGGGAGCCAUCCAUUUUAAAAUUAAAGUUCUAGUGCAACCAAGAAAGGGGGAUCCUUUUACUUCAAAAGCCUCCUUUUUUAAUAAGUUGAUCUAUCUCAGUUUCUUGAAAGACAAGGACAAUCUUAACUGGACUAAUUCCAUCACUAAUGUCCUUCAAAGGUUACCGUUAUGUACUGUAUACACACACCUUUGACAUUUAUUUGACAGUGUCCCAAGCUCCAGGCUCUCUCUCUGCAUUUCAUGCCAUUAUGAUACGGUUAUUAUUCAUGCUGCGUGUGAGCAAACAGACACAGCGACAUUUUGGAAAUCGUCACCGUCCAUAGCAGUUUCCAACAAAGUCAUUUAAAGGUGAUCUUUACGUGUUCUCUGACAACGCUGGCUUUUGCGUCAGUUCUGGUUGUUACAAGCUGCUGCAGUUUAAAGGAACGACAGGGUUGUAAUCUGUGAGAGUAGUUCACGUCACACACCCUGCCUGUCACAGAUACGAUUUGUGUCAUUUGAUUCCCAGCACAAACACACAUCAACACAUCCACAUGAAAAUCUUAGUCUAUCGGUUUUCAGUCACUUAGAGUCACGUUGCUUAUUUGAAUUGUUUGCAACAACUCAGAUGUUCGUUUUCAGUCAAUUAGAAAUUAUCGGUCAAUCAGUUUGAAAUUAUUGGUUAUUUGAAUUGUUUGCAACAACUUAGACGAAGAAACCAGGGUUGCAAGAAGUGGAAAAAACAAGGCCUCUUUUUGUACUGUAUUUUUACAUUUUGUUGUUUUAUGCUUUGUUUUAUCUUUUUGACUUUGUUUUCUCUUUUCUCCUCCCUGGUUGGAAGUUCAUGAACACAAAAAUGGACCAAAUCUCUUGAAAGCAUUUAAUAAACAGACUGUUUUAGAAAAA